AUGUUCUCGCUGCAUAGGACGGCAACAACUGUCAUGCAGUUGACUUAUCAGGUGGAUGAUUGCCUCAUUGUUGUUGACCAGGACAAGUUUCGCCUUGAGGUUCCUCAACACUCCGACCCAGUUCUUCCUCGUCAGGGCCGGAAUUUCCAGAUCCCUGGCACCAUGCAGCUCACUCGUGUGAUUGGCGCUGCAGCGAGCCUUGGAAUAGGCAUGGAGCCCUGGCCCAAGCCCAGCCUGCCCAGCACGGCGCGCAAUCGCCGUCGUGAUUGCCCAAUAUCAGAGUGGCCGGCGCCUCACCAAACAGAGCGGGCCGCCGAACUCUCCACACCAAAGGGUUUGCCCGCCCAACAAACAGCACACGGACGGAUGGCUUGA